AAACAUUCCUCUCAAUUCGGCAACUACAGAGAGUUUGCAACAACAACAGCGGUGAGCGUUGUUCCCUCAAUACCGCCACAGUACAAUCCGCCGAACUCAUCCUCAAGUCUGUUCCGUCCGCAGUAUAGCGGAGAUUCCCAACGGGUCAUUCAAAGUGCUUCAGAUUCUCUCGUUGAUACAUCAUCAUCCUCGUCGUUAAGAUUCUCGAAGCCAAAAUCCAUCUAUGAAGUUAACGAAAAGAAAAGACUAAACACCAAACCCGAAAAGGCUUGUUUCGCCUUUCUGAAAUUUGGUGACUGUCAUUAUGGAGAUAGUUGUAAAUUUUCGCAUGAUCCAACGUUGUUGAAUCAAUCGCAAAAGGUCAUUAUGGAUGGCACACGUGAUCCUGUGUCACAGGAUGCGAAUAAUAUGGGUCAUGAUGUUAUUUAUUCUAGUCAAGUGGAGGGUACAGGUACAACUUGUCGUCAGUUGGAAAAGAGGUUACUGCAAAUCCAGAAAGAGUUGACGAUGCUUGAAGAAGAAAGUAAAAAGCCAAAAUCUUCAGUCGUCAUACCGAAACGUUCUCAAACGUUAUUUGCAUCAACGAUUGGCUCUGAUGUGGCCAUCAAGAAGCAACGAUCAUCGUUCAAUAUCGGUGAUGAUUUCGUGGUUCUGGUCGGAAAUUCGCGGAAUGAAUCGACUACACCUCACCAACGAUUACAACACCAAUAUGAUGAUGCAACACAUCAAAAAGCUGCUGCCGUUGUGAGUCGUCACAGUAGUCGUGGGAGUGGAGCACGUCCAGUAUCAGAAUCGCCACGUGAACUCCUCCGUUCCAGCGGUACCCUUCCAAGAGAAACUCAUUAUCAUGCUGAAGAUCGAUUGGGCUCAGUGAGCAAGCGUUAUAGUGGUGGUUCGACGAGCCCGUGCAGAGGAGAUACGCAACUGAGGCGAAGUCGAGGAAACAGAAAUGGGAAUCUGAAACAGAGGAUAUCACCUGAAUGGAAAACAGACAACUGUGACAGAGAGUCAAGUGUAAGAAUUGGCACGGAGGAACCACUCCACUUCGACGUGAUCUCAAGCAGUGAUGAUGAUGACGGCGAUUGUGAGCUGAAUCUUGAUGGUGGACAUAAGGAAGAGGGUAGUGUUGUUGAACCAUUGGAGUUGUCGUCAGUUGUGAAUCCGAAUGAGCUGAUCGAAAUUAGCGAUGAGGAAUUACCGAACGAAGCGACUGGAGAUACAAAAAGACAUUACAUGGAGCGUUCAUCGUUGCGUAGCGAGUGUUCCUCAUCGAACGUGCUGAAAAACUGUGAAAUCAUUUAUGACCGGUUGAGUAAUUCAGUUGUUGAAGAGCUCAGUGAGAAAGGAUAUGAAGGUGAGCAAAAUUUGUGUAGCUAA